ACAUCGAUGUGGAGUCUGUCCCAGAGAAAGGGCCACUCAGCAAUGUAUGCCGGUCUGGACUCCCUCAAGAAAAACUACCAGACUCUUUACAUCGGUGGCACCGGAAAUGUGUUGAGUAAGCAUCGAGACCAUAUCCAUGCCGACGAUCUGUCCCAAGAACAGCGCGAUAAUUUACGCGAUCUGCUAAAGUCAAAGCACGACAUGGUUCCCAUCUUUAUCAAGCACGCCCUAGCCAGUGGUCACUAUGAAGGAUACUGCAAACAAGUGCUCUGGCCUUUGUUGCACUACAUGAUGUGGCAAGAAUCUGUUGAUGAAGGAAAAUUCUGGGAGGCUUAUGUUGCUGUCAAUCAGAUUUAUGCCGAUACAGUUAUUGAGAACUACAAUUCAGGGGAUAUUGUCUGGGUGCAUGAUUACCAUCUGCUUCUAGUGCCAUCUAUGGUCCGUUCAAGGAUACCAAAUGCACCUAUUGGUGUCUUUCUUCACACACCAUUCCCGAGUUCAGAGAUCUUCCGAUGUUUGCCACGUCGACGAGACAUCCUCUUGGGUAUGCUAGGUGCAAAUCUAGUUUCUUUCCAGACAUACAACUAUGCCCGCCAUUUCUCGUCCAAUUGCACACGUAUCCUCGGUUUUGAGUAUACGCCUUCAGGUGUUGACGCAAACGGUACGAUUGUUGCAUUGGGAACCUACCCAAUCGGUAUCGAUGUCGAGCGCACUCGUUACAACUGCAAACGGCCUGGCGUGCAACCAAAGAUCAACGCGAUCCGUGAAAAGUACGCCGGCAAGAAAAUCAUUGUCGGUCGGGACAAGCUGGACCCUGUGAAGGGAGUUCUGCAGAAACUGGAGGCAUUUGAAAAGUUUUUGACCGACUACCCCGAGUGGCAUGAAAAGGUGGUCUUGAUUCAGGUAACCUCGCCAGGUGUGAUUGAGAGCCAGAGACUGGAAAACAAGGUGGCCGAGGUCGUCAGUCGAAUCAACAUGAAAUUUGGCUCGCUCGAGUUCACGCCCGCAAACAUGUUUCAGCAGCACAUCGAUCGGGACGAGUACUAUGCACUCUUGUCAGCAGCUGACAUUGCAUUGGUGACGCCUGUGACAGACGGCAUGAAUACAGCUAGCUUUGAAUACAUUGUUGCUCAAAGCGAACGCCACAGCCCCCUGAUCCUAUCUGAAUUCACAGGAACGGCCCGAAGCAUGAGUGCAGCCGUGAUCGUCAACCCUUGGGACUUUGCAGGUGUGGCAAGAGCAAUAGCCGAUUGUCUGACUAUGAGUGAAGAAGACAAACUGGUUAAAUACAAGCAACUCGAAAGCUUUGUUAAUUCUCACACGGCAGCUUACUGGGCAGAGUCGCUCGUCAAGGGUCUUGUGGAAGUUAGUGCCAAACAAUCGAAUCAGGGACCUACACCAGUUCUUGAUGUUGAUCGUUUCCAGCUUGAGUACAACAAUUCUCGAAAGAGACUAUUGUUCUUUGAUUACGAUGGUACAUUGACACCUAUCUGCGACAGCCCAAAGGAUGCAGUUCCGUCCCAAAAGACUCUCGAUACUCUGCACAGCCUGUGUUCUGAUCCCAAAAACAUCGUAUGGAUCGUUUCUGGGCGUAAUCAAGCCGACCUUGACAAUUGGGUUGGCUCGAUCCCAAACCUUGGUUUGAGUAGUGAGCACGGCUGCUAUAUCAAGGAGCCCAGGAGCGACAAGUGGAUUAGUAUGAUCGAAGACCUCGACAUGUCUUGGAAAGACGACGUGAUGGAGAUCUUCAACUACUACACCGAGCGCACGCCCGGAAGUUUUAUCGAAGAAAAGAACGGCUCACUCACCUGGCACUACCGCAAAGCCGACCCCAAGUACGGACCCUUCCAGGCCAACGAGUGUCAGAACCACCUUGAGCAGAGUAUCCUUGGAAAACUGCCGGUCGAGACAUUGGUCGGAAAGAAAAACCUUGAGGUCCGGCCAUUGAUGAUCAACAAGGGCGAGGUAAUCAAGCGAGUCAUACUCCAGCAGUCUUCCGAAGUAGACUUUAUAAUGUGUGUUGGAGAUGACAAGACUGAUGAGGAUAUGUUCCGAGUGGUCAAGCGACCCGAAAUUGGUGUUGAUGCAGUCCGAUUUAUUGUGACUAUUGGACCGGCAGAGAAGAAUACUCUGGCUGCAUGGCAUCUGGCCACUCCUGAGCAAUUGAUAGAU